AUGGAAAAGGCAACUGCACUGCUAAAUAGUGCCUACCAAACAAAUCUAAGCACCCUUAUCUCCACACUUGUCUCCACCAACGGCAAUGGCUAUGGCUUUUACAAUUCCUCCUAUGCCAAAAACUCAUCCAACGAAGUUUAUGCAACCGGACUUUGUAGAAGAGAUUUCCUGGAGGAUGCUUGUCGUAGCUGCCUCAAUGAGUCGAGCCACAAGUUCACAGAACUUUGUCCUAACGAAAAGAAGCUCUUGUCUUUUAUAACACUUGCAUGUUACACUUCUCAAACCGAUCCCUCUAUGGAGGAUUCCCCUGCUUUCUAUCUCGUGAGUCCAAGAAAUGUAGCAUCAUUAGAAGUGGAAGGGUUCUUUGAAGAGCUUUGGAAGCUAAUCCAAAGUUUGAAUAGUGAAGCUGCAGCAGGUGGUUCACUUCGUAAGUUCGCAGUAAACAACACAACUACUUCAGAUUUCAAGACAAUAUAUGCACAAACGCAGUGCACGCCAAAAUGCCAGAUUUGUCCAAGCAAGAUUGCACUGAUUGCUUGA